UUACAUGCACGGUCAAGAGGCAGGAGAUACUAUUAAGGCUGUAAAUUUCAACCGACGUGUUGUCUUCAGCUCUUCAGUUUCUUUUGGAAACUCUCAGGAGAAUACUGCUUAUAUUUUAAAUAAUGGGCUUAUUGCAUUUGGAAAUGAUAUCACCCUAGGUGAUCCGAACAUUGAAUAUUCUUUUUCACAAAAGCAGAGGAUUAUCGCACCAUUUUGGGCAAACGUUGAUCCUAAUGGAGUUGAGGUGCACCAUCAUCUUUAUGAACAAUAUGGCGCAGCAGCGUUUGGUGAAUCUGAAGACAACAAACCGCCACCACACCAGAGCAACAUCACCACAAGAGUAGAGACAGACAUCAGCAAGUUCCAUCACUUGGAGGGUUUCACUGCCAGCUCUGUUCUAGUUGUCACAUGGGUGUCCGCCAGACCUUUAACCACAUCUCAAACAACGGAGAACAAUACUUUUCAAGCAGUUUUCGUUAGUGGCUGGAAAAGUGAAUCAAACGGAGGCAUGACCUUAGCUGAAAAUGAAACAUCGUUUGUCAUAUACAUCUACCAACAAGGAAAAAUGAACUGGAAAUUUAUUCCAUGAAGACUUAUUCAAAUCGGAUUUUCAACAGGAGAUAAAAGAAAAGUUUUACCAAACACAGAUUCAAAAAUUGUAACGGAGCUGGAUAAAAACAGAUUAA